AUGUACUGGUCGCCAUGCUUGUUGGUCGCUGGACCUGUUGCAUCUUUAGACGGCCCAAUGGGCACCGGCAGGGUGCUCUCAUCAAAAGCAACGCGACGGCUUUCUUUAUCCAUUGAGGUGCGGGGUGGGGCGAGUGUUGCCUCUUCCAGUAUUGCCCGUCACCAUCUUCCUUCAAGACUCCUCAUUCUUCCGACGUCUCGAGGCCAAGCAUCCCCGGUUCCCGCCAUCCUCGCGACUGAGCUUCGGGCAACGGGUAGACCACUUCCGCUACGCACCCGACCAGUGAACGAAUCACCAACUCUGAUGCUAGAGAAGAGGAACGGCGAACCCAAAUUGGUCAUAGAUUAUACCGAAUGGUCAACCUACAAAUGUUCAACUAACACCCACUUCCCCAACUCACCGGCAUCAUGCAAGAAAAGAGAACCCACAAUCAAGUCCGCCACGUUCCUGCACUAA